AUGGCGGCCAGCAAUAACUACUCUUCCCCCAGCUUCACCAGCUCGGUCGUGGACGCCAUGAAGAAGCACUACCCGGAAGAGCUGGCCGACAGGCGCUGGGACAACGUCGGCCUCCUCCUCGGUAACAUCGAGACCCCGGAAUCCCGGCAGCCCAAGAACCCCGUCGUCCUGCUCACGAACGACCUCACCUACGCCGUCGCCGACGAGGCCAUCCAGAAGAACGCCAGCGUCAUCGUGAGCUACCACCCCUUCAUCUUCUCCGGCCUCAAGUCAAUCACCACAAACGACCCGCAACAAGCCACCCUCCUCCGCCUCGCCGCCCACGGCAUCGCAGUCUACUGCCCCCACACCGCCAUCGACGCGGCCCCCAACGGCCUGAACGCCUGGCUCGGCGACAUCGUCUCCGGCGGCCCCGCCUCCUCCUCCUCCGCGACCCCCACCGAGCGCGCCGUCAUCACCCCGCUCGCCGCCGCACCCCCCGGCUUCGAGGGCUCCGGGUACGGUCUGCUCUGCACCUUCCGUCAGCCCGAGUCGCUCAAGGCCAUCAUUCGUCGCGUGGCCGAGCGCGUCGACAUGCGCCACGUCAUGGUCGCGAGCCCGGAUCCCGCGAGGGUCUCGACGGCGCGCGUGGAUGCUGUGGCGGUGUGCGCCGGCAGCGGGUGGGAUGUUGUCAAGGGCGCCAAGGCGGACGUGAUCGUCACCGGUGAGAUGAGCCACCAUAAUGCCUUGAAGGCGGUGCAGGAGGGGAAGACUGUCAUCACCGUCUUCCACAGCAACUCGGAGAGGGGGUACUUGAAGGAAGUGAUGAAGCCGUUGUUGGAGGGAGAGCUGAAGCAGAAGGAGGCGGGGGUGCAGGUCCUGGUCAGCGAGGCCGAUCGUGACCCCUUUGACAUUAUCGAUGUUAGGGAGCUUUGA